AGUCUGCGCCAGUGAGCGGGCCGCGGGCCCCGGCAGCUCCGGCCUCCUUCCCGUCGGGCUCCCUCUCUUCUGGGACUCGGGGCGCUAGGCCGCGGCGAAUACUGGAGGAUGUUUGUUCCAAGAUCUCUCAAAAUCAAGAGGAGUGCUAAUGAUGAUGGCAAAAGUUGUACAGCUAAGAAAAUUAAACCAGAUGCAGAAGACCUGCGGCUGGCUGAAGGCAGAGGUGAUAGAGCUGAUGCGUUAGUUACAAAAGAAGCCGAAGGGCACAGUGUGGAACCAUGCCCUUUCCCCAGUACAACUGGUCAGUUGGCCGAGGUUGGUUUGGUUGGACCCCAGCAGGAUGCGAAGGAUAGCGAUCUUUCUGAAGAGCCUGUUAAGUCAUUUUCCAAAACGCAGCGCUGGGCGGAACCUGGGGAACCUGUCUGUGUUGUUUGUGGUCGUUAUGGAGAGUACAUCUGUGAUAAGACAGAUGAGGAUGUGUGUAGUUUGGAGUGUAAAGCAAAACAUCUUCUGCAAGUAAAGGAAAAGGAAGAAAGAUUAAAACUCAGCGAUCCUCACAAAGUGGAUUCUGGGCCAGAGUCUCCACUGAAUGCUUUUUAUGUCUAUAGAGAGCACGCCUUUAUUUCGAACCUUCAGGAAGACCAAAUUGAAAAUCUUAAACGGCAGCUAGGAAUUGUAGUUCAGGGGCAAGAUGUCACCAGACCCAUUAUUGACUUUGAGCACUGCGGUUUCCCUGAGGCCUUGAAUCACAACUUGAAGAAAUCAGGCUAUGAAGUUCCAACCCCCAUCCAAAUGCAGAUGAUUCCUGUAGGACUUCUGGGAAGGGACAUUCUGGCCAGUGCUGAUACUGGCUCAGGAAAAACAGCUGCUUUUCUUCUUCCUGUUACCACCCGAGCUUUAUGUGAGAGCAAAACUCCAUCUGCUCUCAUUCUUACACCAACAAGAGAGCUAGCCAUUCAGAUAGAGAGCCAAGCUAAAGAAUUGAUGAGUGGUCUGCCACGCAUGAAAACCGUGCUUCUGGUAGGGGGCUUACCCUUACCCCCGCAGCUUUAUCGUUUGCGACAACAUGUGAAGGUUAUCAUAGCAACUCCUGGGCGACUUCUGGAUAUAAUAAAACAGAGCUCUGUAGAACUCCGUGGUAUAAAAAUUGUAGUAGUAGAUGAAGCCGAUACCAUGUUAAAGAUGGGCUUUCAACAGCAAGUGCUUGACAUUUUGGAAAACGUUCCUAAUGAUUGUCAGACCAUUUUGGUUUCAGCUACAAUUCCAGCUAGCAUAGAACAACUAGCAAGCCAGCUUCUGCAGAAUCCUGUGAGAAUUAUCACUGGGGAAAAGAACCUGCCCUGUUCCAGUGUGCGCCAGAUUAUUUUGUGGGUGGAAGAACCAGCCAAAAAGAAGAAAUUAUUUGAAAUCUUAAAUGAUAAGAAGCUCUUCAAGCCUCCAGUGUUAGUAUUUGUGGACUGCAAGCUGGGAGCAGAUCUCUUAAGCGAGGCAGUGCAGAAAAUCACAGGUUUAAAAAGCGUAUCUAUACAUUCGGAGAAAUCACAAACAGAAAGGAAAAACAUAUUGAAGGGAUUACUUGAAGGAGACUACGAAGUUGUGGUGAGCACAGGAGUCCUGGGACGAGGCCUAGACUUGAUCAGUGUCACGCUGGUUGUCAAUUUCGAUAUGCCUUCAAGUAUGGAUGAGUACGUGCAUCAGGUUGGAAGAGUGGGAAGAUUAGGCCAACAUGGAACAGCGAUUACUUUCAUCAAUAACAAUUCAAAAAGACUCUUCUGGGAUAUUGCAAAAAGAGUGAAACCCACAGGAUCCAUUCUUCCCCCACAGUUGUUAAAUUCCCCCUACCUUCAUGACCAGAAAAGAAAGGAACAGCAGAAAGAUAAACAGACACAGAAUGAUCUGGUUACAGGAGCUAAUCUUAUGGACAUCAUUAGAAAACAUGAUAAAAGUAAUUCUCAAAAAUGACUUGUGAUACCACUGAAUAAUUUUUUAUUGUGUAUUACCAGUGAAAUUUCUGUAUAAUUGUAUGGUUUGAGUAAAUGGGACAUGUACAUGAAACAAAAACAUUUGACAUAAUUUAAAUUUUUUAAAUUGAAUCUCAAAUUUAUACUGCAGUAUUGUAUUUAUUUCCCUUUUAAUUCUCAUAAAUUAAAAAAUCAGAAAACGAAUUGCUAAAUAAAAUAAAAUUUUUCCUGUCUA